GAUCAGGAAACCCUGCACCCUUAUCUCUGGUCGUGAGUGAAUUGAGUCCGUACCGUAACUACACUAUUUAUGUGACGGCAUUCAAUGUGGAAGGAGGCAAUCCUCUGAUGGGAGAUGAUUCUGACAGUAUUGUACGCAAGACUGCACAGAGUGCUCCCUCAGCACCUAUCAACGUUCUUCUAGACAAUGAAGGAGACGCCUGCAUGGUCACAUGGGAUCCACCCGAGCAAGAAAAUGGCAUCAUUAUAGCUUAUAAGAUUUUUCUUCAAGCGUACAUGUACCCAGAGCCUGGAUCUGAUGGAAGUUUGGAUCUUAUUUUUGAUGAAAGCAAGUCGGACUCUCUGUCGUGGAGUAAUGUUGAUGAGAGGUUGUAUGUUGUCAAUAAGACUGAAUUGGAACCGUACGCCAGAUUCAAGUUUCAAGUUCUCGCAGAGACGGAGCCAGGGGAAGGCCCCAAAAGCGAGGAGACCAACGUCACUUGUGAUUCCCCUCCAGUAGCCCCGACUGAGGAAAUUGUAACCCCAACAAAGGUAGACUACAUUGAUGACGACACACCGGUUGUCACCCAUGAGAGUUUUUGGAUGUCUGUGAGUCCAGCUAGCACCAGAUAUGGACCAAUCAGUUGUUACGACAUUGUGGUUGUGGAGCUUCCUGAAGGGGAAGGCAUUGAAGGCAAGGUCCCAGACGUGAAUUAUCCCAUCGAAAACUUUGUCAGCUUUGUCGAUGCACAGAAGGAAGCUGGAAAGCCUUACAUCGCCCAGUCACGAAACGGCAACAGCCUCACAGAUCAAACUAACGUCAAGAUUGGCAACACCGGGUCCUCAUCCUGUACUCCAGAAUCCAGACGAAGAAAGAGAGCGACUACAUCUCCACACAAAGGGGAUGACGGAGCUCUGAAGUCAAGUACCUCCUACACAGCAUUUCUACUUGCAUGUGUCAGGCUGGACGAUGGAACGGAACUUUGCUCUUCCAGUCCACUGAUGCAACCAGUCAUUACCUUGGCUGGAGUGAACACAGCUGCAAUCGCCAUUGGUAUCGUCCUGGCUAUACUUAUAGCUGUCGUCAUAGCUCUAGGAGUGGUUAUCUACAUGAAGCGUCGGAAGCAAACUCCCCUCCUUCGUGAUAGCGAGAACGGCGUGGCUAUGGUACCAGUCAUGGAGAAGGAACCAGAGGUGACUCACAUGGUGGUUCUUCCCAUCACCUUGGAGAAUCUGUCUGAGACAGUCCGACAGAAGAGCGAGAAUGACGACGAGACCUUCAAGGCUGAGUUCAAGUCUAUCCCAGAAGCCACCGGUGAUGUUACCAGGGACGCAACCAAUCUGGAAUGCAACAGGGAGAAGAACCGCUACAUCAACAUUGGUGCAUAUGACCACACCAGGGUCCGAUUGUCUCCCAUAGAAGGCGAGGAGGGAUCUGACUACAUCAAUGCCUGCUUUGUUGAUGGCUAUGAGAAACCAAGGAAGUUCAUUGCUGCACAAGGUGCCCGCGAGGACACCGUGCUGGAUUUCUGGCGCAUGGUCUGGGAGCAGAACUGCGCCACCAUCAUCAUGCUGACCAAGUGCCUGGAGAACGGCAGGGAGAAGUGUGCCGAGUACUGGCCAGAGGAAGACGCCAUCAUGUACGAUGACAUCAUUGUGACCUUGGAUGACGUGGUGACUUGCGCCGAUUACGUCAUCAGGAAGUUCACCCUGCAGAAGCACAUUGAAACAGAUGAGGAUGAGGAUGAAGACGCCGAACCCAUCAUCGGCGAGAGUCGUACCUUGAUGCAGUUCCACUUCCUGGGCUGGCCGGACUUCGGCAUCCCCAAGUACCCCCAUAGCAUGCUGUGCUUCGUCAAGCGCAUCAGGCACAUGACUGGGUCCCGCAUUGAGCCCGGUAACAUCAUAGUGCACUGCAGUGCUGGUGUUGGCCGCACCGGUACCUACAUCCUGAUUGACUCCAUGCUGGACAUGAUGAAGAAAGAGAAGAAGGUGGACAUCUACAACGUCAUCUACAAACUGCGCAACCAGCGCAACCUGCUCGUCCAGUCACUGGUUCAGUACAUCUUCAUCCACAAGGCUCUGAUGGAGGAAUACCUGUACGGACACACCGAGGUGGACGUGGGUAGCUUCCACAUCUACAACCAGAAGCUGUGCUCCAAGAAAUCCGACGCAGAUGACGCGGGCGUCGACACUGAGUACAGGACUGUGGCCAGCCUGCCAGUAGACAACACAGAUCAGAAGACAGGCAACAUUGAGGCUAACAAGCAUAAGAACCGAAUCCGACAGGUCAUCCCAUACGACCGUAACCGAGUCAAGUUGGAACGUCUGACCGGGCAGGAGCAUUCCAACUACAUCAAUGCUUCCUUCAUUGACGGCUAUGAGCACAAGAAGGCGUACAUCGCAGCCCAAGGCCCCCUGCCUAACACCAUGGGUGAUUUCUGGCGGAUGGCCUGGGAGAAUCAGUGCUCUACCAUCGUCAUGCUGACUGACUGUGAGGAACGAGGACAGAAUGUUUGCACCCAGUACUGGCCUCCAUCUGGUGAGUCUAUGAACGCUGCUUUCCUGACAGUGUCUGUCAAGAAUUCCAAGGAGGAAGAGGACUGUACUGUCAGAGACUUGGAGGUCUCUACUACAAAGGGAACUGGUACCAAGCUGAUCCGUCAGUUCCACUACCAUGGCUGGCCAGAAGUCGGGGUUCCAGACAACUCAGCCUCCCUGGUUAAGGUUAUUGGCCUGGCUCACGAACAUCAGCAAGAUAUUGGACGAUUCCCAAUCCUUGUUCACUGCAGUGCGGGAUCCGGACGUACCGGUGUCUUCAUCACGCUCAGCUACUUGCUCCAGAGGGCCAAGGCCGAAGGUAUCGUCGACGUCUUCCAGGCGGUGCGUACGCUCAGGCAACAGCGCCCUCACAUGGUACAGGAUGUGGCGCAGUACCAGUUCUGCUACCGUGCUAUGAUGGAGUAUCUGGACUCAUUCGACCACUACGCAAACUUCAAGUAAACGGCGCCCCCUUCCCCCACCAUGGUGAGCAGAAUAGGUGCAACCUUGUGCUCAUCCCUGUCAUUACAGUACUAGUGUAUACACAAGUUGGACAGAUAGUAACCCUGGGGACAAAGUUGACGUGAUUUCUUUUUUACCUGUGUAAGUUAACGUCGAAACUGAUUUUGGUUGAGAAGUGUCUUUUAUGUUCCAAGAUCAAUUUUUAUAUUUACAAGCUUUUUUUUAAUGUAUUGUGUGGAUGGAACAUAAGUUGUUAAUCAGAUGCUGAUAAUAAUAAAAUGAUAAUAAAAUGGUACUUAAGCUUAAAAUUGAUAGCUGCAACAGAUAUAUAUGCAAGUGAUUACAAUUAGUGGAUUUUGUUGUUAUUUUUUUUUUAAUUUUUGACUCUGUUGUAAUAAUUAUGCCGUUGCGGAAAGAAUAUGGAUUGAUCAAAAGAUGAAGACUAUUUUGGCAGGAUAUGACAGAAUGUGAACUCUGUACCACCGGUUCCAUCGUACACAGUUUUUGUUGAUUAAUAUAAGUUUCAAAGGGUUUUUGGAAAGAUUUUACGAUUUUUACGAUUUCUUCCCACCAUUUUGAAAUAUGUUUGUGAACCCAGAUAUGCAGAUAUCACAACUGUUUCUGCUUUUUUUUUUUAAUACUGAAAUUUGCGUGGAUUUGUUUUAUGCUAUUUGGAUUGAGGUACAAAGUACACAGAAUUUGGUGCAACGCAGUCACCACCGAUUUUGAUGUUUUGACAUUCGUAUUUGUUAUUUUUGCAUUAUCCAGAAAAAACAUAGCUUUUUUUAUGAUUUGUCACUGAUCGUGAGGAAUGUGCAUCGACAUGGUUUGUUUUGAGUUGCGAUAUUACAAUCAACAUUGAAAUACUUUCAGAGAUCGCUAUACAGUAAGUCAACGUCAAGUAUCAACAUACAGAUAUGUGAACAAUUAUCAACAUAUCCUUCAUGAUUUGGAAUUGGCAAAAAAAAAUGCAAAAUAUGCGAUGAAUUAUCAAAUUUAUGAACUGAAAAAUUAAAGGUGUAUUGUCAUAUCAGGAGGGGAUUCAUUUAUUGAAAAUAUUGUUAUAUCUUGAUGAGAAUCAAAACGAGCAUUUUUGUACAAUUUUUACUUGAUAUUGGUACAUAUUGUUAGAGUGAAACUGCAAAUUUAUUAGGGAGAGGUUUUGAAAAUUUGGGUACAAAUAUGUAUAAAUGGAGAAAUAUGGCGAAAAGAACAGACAUCACAGAUUCUGUUUAAGAAAUUUGCAAUUUUGCAAAUCUAUGACUUUUUGUGGCAACUUUGAAGUACCCAGAUUUUUCCCUUGUAAAUUCUGUACAUAGCGCUGCUAAUGAAACUGCAUAGUCAGCUCGCAAGCUAUUUUUUAAGCUCGUAAACUCAACAUUUUGUAAUAUUUCCCGUCAAUUCAUCUUUUGUAAUCGGAUUGUAUCAUAUAGUGGAAUAUAUAUAUUUUUGUGGUUUAUAUACUUUUAUAAUGUCAAUUGUUUUUACAUAAUUAUUAGGUGGUGAGAUAGAAUGGAUGCUGUAGAAAUAAUGUGUAAAUUUGGGUAAAUAUCGAACAGUUUACCAUUUAAAUUGUGAACCAUCCCCAACUUUUUUUUGUCUGCUUUAAAAAAAGCAAAGUGGAAUAAGACUAGUCAUAGGCAAAACUUAAAAAAAAAAAUAAAUAAAUAAAAGUUAAUGGGUUACCCAAAACUUGUUUUCCAUAUUUCGAAGAUUUGAUAAAAUUCAGUCAGGUUCAUGGGUUGCCAUGGAAACAAGGAUAAACCCCGCAGAAGAAAAGGCAUUUCAUUUUUAAUGAUAGGGUUCCAGCUUUCGUCUUUUGACCAUAUGCCACGCCCCUUUUCUCCCCCAACUGAUAUUUGAAUGGAAAAUUUACAGUAAUGGAAAAUUUAAAGUACUAUGCAUGAUGAUUUUUUUGUAAUCAGUUUAACAAUGACCUGAUAACAAUGCAAUCAGGUGACAAAGUCUUUCAACAGUUCUCUUUUUUUAAUAUUUUAAAUGACAGGAUUGUAAGUACUUGAUAAUUGAUAUCUUGUUGAACAGCUUUAUAGACUUUUAUUUUCUUCUGUUACUCGGAUUUAGUACCAUAGCCUCAAUAUUUGUCCGUUACUAUUUUUCCCGGCUAAGUUAAAACGUUUAUUAUUCGAAUUCACUGUUUCUAAUAUUCAAAGGCGUUCACCAACAUCGAUUUAGUGCACUUCCAAUGUUUAAUUUCGUCUUUUGUCAGACAAUUUCAAAUUCAGUUCAAGCAAAUUCAGACAAUGAGCACACGUUUUCGUCCCGGAGUAUUCGAUUUCACCUCGUCUACGCCAAACCUUGUUAUUCAGAAAUCAAAUUCGUCUAAUUGAAUUAUAUAAUACGGAUUCCAUCUCUGAAUGCUGCCAUUCGGCAAUAACUUAGACGAAUUUGAUCUGCAAUGACGAAUAUUCUCGACCCGGUGACUAAAAGUGGGUUACCAAACUUUGAGAUUGAAUGGCAAAUGACUAAAUUGGUUUUGUUAAAAGCGUGUGAAAUUUCUCUCGGGCGAAAUUGAAUUUUAGAGUUGGUGAAUUUGAAUGAAAAAUGUUUUAAAAUGGCCGGGAAAACCUACACUUGUAAUGUUGAUGUUCUUCGUUAGGUCACAUCAAUUUUUGUACAGCCUUUAGGCUUUGCUGAAAUUACGUAGUUUCGAUGUCUUGAGGUAUAUGUUAGUAAUAAUUUGUCUCAAUUUCUUCAGCUGGUCUUGGAUUCUCGAUUGCUUUUGUGGUGAACACGUUAUCCAGGAAAAUGUGUGCAUAGUUUCAUCAUUCCAUAGUAAUUGGGUUAAAUCUGAGAGAAAUUGCAGAUUUUUUUAUAUAAACAAUUAUCCAGAAAUUCAUACGGGACGCUGUAUUUUUAAAGUGGCAUAUAUUAUAUUUAUACUCAGUGUAUGCGUAAAGUUAUAGAAUUAUAUUUUUAUUAUGUGUUUUCUAUCUAAAAAUGCUAGCACGAUUAUUGAUAUUAAAUGAUGUAGAAAUUAUAAGUGAUGUUUUUGGGGGUGGAGUUUAAUCUUUGGAGGCGGGAUAGGCUAAUGAAUUGAAAUCAAUCUAUUGGCUAAAGAUAACGAGAUUUUUCUUUUUGGUUUCAGAAUUCUCCUGCCCCAUUUAGACUCCCCCUCCAAUUCUCCAUCCUUUUAAUUGAUUAGAACAGUUUUAGGAACAGACUAUUUUUCUAUUAUAAGUAUUUCUUGCGUCAAAAUGGAGCUCGGGACAAGUCGUGGAGCUGCCCUGCACGCAGUCCUAAUGGACUUAUAGAAAAUACUUUUGUUCAAAACUUUCAAAAUUUGAAUCAGUUUUUCUUAAGAUGUAUUACUUGAUGGUGUAUAUUUUUCUUAGCUAGACAGCAUACAAAUUUAAUUUGAAUCCAAGUUCAACUUAUUCUUGCGGAGAUAUUUUGUAGUUUUUAAGGGUUUUAAACCAGAAUAUCAUCAGUUACAAACAAGUAAUGGUUUAAUUCAAACAGCGUAUAUACUGCAGUGCGGUUUGAAUUGCUUCUCAGUACCCAGAAUGUAGCAACUCAGCAGUUGACAUUCACAGCAUACGUCACAGUCAUGUGACCGGACACGCGUGGGCGUCAUUUGGAAUUAUAUUAAAAGAAACAAAAUUGCAGCAGCUGCUCAAAUUACCCGCAAAUUCAGGCGCACAAUUUUCCAUAAUGGCAUCACUAAUUUGAAUUAGUACUUCAUUUUGUAUUUCUUUGUUUUCAUUUGUUUUCAAACGUGGAAUGUGUUUUCUACUUUUUAAUUGUUAGGAGUGAUUAUAGUGCCUGCAUGCUUUAAUGUUUUAAAACGUUGCCUUCUUUUGGUACUCUCCUAAGUUUAUCAGUGAAAUAUAUUCUGACAGUUUAACCUCUAUCUAGUACUGGUCGAAUAGUCUGAGGCGGUUCGCCUACAGAUUUAUUCCUUUUUUAAUUAAAGUCUUUUGUAAUAGCUUAAGGAUGAUCUGUACAUUUUGGAAUUAUUUUUGUUGAUUGUCAAUUUUCUUCUUUUUAAACAAGUAAAGUUUUCUGCGUACUUAUACGUGCAUAUGUACACUUUUUUUAAAAAGGCGGGUAAAACACUGUUUUUGCCCAAUAAACAUUGGUAUUGAGUUCAUAACUUGGGUAAAAAAAAAUGGCCAACUGCAUUUGGACAAAAGAGUCGGCCCAACUUUAUUACAGUACAUUGUCGCACUUAUUGCAUAGUUCAGUUGGUGUCAGCAUUGUAAAUGUUUUUGUUUGUUUUUUUGGUGGGUUUUUUUUUUGUCAUUGUAAUUUUUCUGUUUUUCCCAAUAAUUAUGCCAUAUAAAUAAAGCUGCUUAGCAUUUGCAAAA